CCACGAGACUAUACAACGGUAUUGGGCAUUUCCCUCGUGAACACAAAAUUUGGGUUUCAUGUUCCCUCGACCGCAGCGUGGAAACGAAAAUAUUUUUUUCCGCGGAUAUCAAAGUUAUUUUGGCAUAAUAAUGACUUUUAUUGAAUUUUUAUAUGCCGGGUAAAUUGUUAAUUUAAAAGUUGGAAACGUCAAGACGGAAGUUUACAUCGCAGUCCUAGUUGCCGAGAACCUCGGGCAGACGCGUAAUCGAAUUGGUGACUUAAAUGUGAUUAUAAAUAACACUGAUAACAAUUAAAUAACCUGUAGUGUGUGCUGUGAAUCGCUAAUCUGUCAAAUAGUGAGGUGAUAAUUUGAUGUUGUGUACAUCAGUUCCAAUGUUUACGAUGUGUGAUUGAAGGUGCACAGUGACACGAUGUAGGCGGGAGUCAAAGUGACGUGAUACUGUAAAACUGUAGUGCUAAACAUUACAUUAAGUGCAACUUUCUGCACCAUAAUGACAGAACCCAAUAAUGUUAAGAUAAAAACGGAGCGACCUGAUGAAGCCGAAAUCAGGGAACUUGCUGCAAAAAUGGUAGAAGCUAACAAAGCGAAAGCACUGGCUGCUUCAGUAGCCGCCGCGCGACCUCAACCCGGAGCCCUCUUGGGAGCUCCGACUGCGGCUGUCGGUGGGCAAAUGGGCAUACUCAACUUUCUCACCAGAAAACCAGGCACCCAACAAACAACGACAGAACAAAGACCGACUUCAGAUGACAAGAAAACCCCAGCACCCGAUGAAGCUAGCUGGAAAGGUCACUUUGGUUGGGAUAUGCUUGGUAAAUGUCACAUUCCGUACAUCUAUCGAUCAGGGGAGAAAUACGUGGCGGUACGAAUGGUGGAGAUUAAACUCCUCAACAAGUACCUGAACUAUCUCCAUGCUGACAUCUACUCCUGUACGUGUAUAAGAAGUUACUACAUCACUGAGAUCGAGGCCCGGCUACUCAACGAGAUCAACAACAGGCAUUGUGAUGGACAAUUCGGUCGGGAACCCUUCACACAAAAGGACUUGGUAGUGAGGUUAUCAGACGCUUAUGAGUUCUAUAAUUUCUUAGAUGUGUGUUAUAAUAAACUGUUACGUGGUACAACAAAUAACAAGGACAAGUGUGGCUUUAUUAGGAUAAACAAGGAAUCUGUAGUGCCGUACACAGUGCGGGAUGGACAGAAGUUUGUACCAUUAUUUUACUUUGAAGGUGAAACAGACAAUUUAAAAUUGAAAGCCGAUCAGUUAAAAGGUUGGGAUUUGUCCUAUUUGAAGUUCUGUUGUAAGGUACAGGGGAUACGGAAUGAACUAUUUGCAAGUGAGACAUGUUCAGUUAUUAGUUUAACGGACAUUAAAAGUUACUUUCCCCCGGGCACCGAGUUUGAAGAAUACUGGCCUAACAAAGUUGUUGAUUCUCAGCUGCUGAUCUCUGCAAAGGGUUCAGUAUCAGGUGGUGGUCAGUGGACGAGAGCCCCGCCAGCCCCGCCGCCGGGCGCUGUGAGCGGAGUGGUAGGUAGCGGCGUGUCCCUCGGGGUGAGCAACGUGAGCGCGUCUCGAGGCAGGCGGCCUACGCAGCGACACUCGGCCGCUUCGUCGGCCAUGCAGAUGCCGCACGCUGGCAUAUCCGCCGCCGCCGUGCAGGCCCUCGCGAACGGCUGGAACCUGCCCGGAGCUCUGACGCAAGCUCAGACGCAACAAGUCAUCAGGCUCGCGCAGGCUCAAGUGGCGCAGGCACAGGCUGCGGCGCGCUACAACAGCGCGGCGAUCGCGGCCGCCGCCGUCGCCAUGCCGCAGCACCGCUCGCAGCACAACCGCAACGUGCAGUUUCCGAACAGUGCAAUAACAAUGGCGAUGGGCCAGCAGCCGCCCCCACCUCUGGUGAGGAGUACGGCCAACACCACCACCAUGAAUGUUCCACCACAAGUAACUGGGACAAUGAAUGGCCACUCAACCUCUCACUCCAUCGACACUCGCAAAAGGCUUACGCCGAUACCAGACAUCAGUAUAAGUGGCAACCAUACGCCGUAUAAGGUACAAAAAGCAGUCGUAGAAAACACGAUGGUCCCCUGCAUCAACGCCAAGCCGUACCAGUACUCCGAGCUGCUGAUGACGCUGCCCGACCUCGCCAGCCACUUCUUCCCGCGCGUGUCGCUCACCACGUGCCGCGCCAUGCUCGACGCGCUCGGCCUCACGCUCUUCAGGCCUAACACAACUCAACUUCAAGUCCUACGAAACUCGGGCAAGUGUAAAUCCGCAGCGGCGGGCGAGAAUGGCAUGGCAUUGGUUCAAAUUCGUGAUGUGAUGCAGCACAUGUUGCAGUUCAAGUACAUGAUGAGGUCGGGCCUGGCCGACGAGCCGCCGCACCAGCCGCCGCGCCCCGCGCACGCGCCGCCCUCCUCGCACGCCAAGCGCGCCCGGGCCAACUGAACGCUCCACCUCUGCGAGUAGUCUGUGUGGCGUGACUGAUCGAACUGGGCAUAAAACUCGACAUUCAGUUUAGAUGAGAAAGCUUGGAACUAAAAUAGUCGAAUGCUUCACAUUAUACAGAGCAACACUGAGGGUUGAUAUUGCAAAAAUAACAGUGGAUAAGUUUUUUAAAAUAAUUUUUCCCAAGUGAAAUUUGUGCAUAACCACUGAAGGCCUUGAAAUUCUCACGACUUACAGAACGGUUUAUAUGCUGAGAUAUUGUGAGUCAUACUAAGCAUAUUAUAUUCGAUGUAAGAAGUGUGUGGGAAAUGCCUCCGAAUAACUUUAGUGAUUCAACCAGAACUCGAAGAAUAAAAGAAGAUAGAUCCAUUCGUGUUAAUGGCUAAUAAAACUGCCGUUGUGUAAUAUAAAGGUGAAAACGCGCAAAAUAACGGUACGAUACGGCUUACUAGUGUAUGGUGUUGAUGGGGCUUCCAUCUGUGUUGAGACAUUAUAACUGCUGUGUAUUAUAUGACAAAAGUAAAGAGUCAAGUUUGAAAUUGCUUAUCAUCACAAACAUUUACUAUAGAACAGUAAAAUUUAUAUAUAUAUAUAAUAUUACUUAGAUACUAAUCUAGGUCAGGUCAAUUUCUAUGUUGUACAAAAUGUAUGAUACAAUGUUACUCCCAAGAUCUAAUUAAAUAAUGAUCUAUAAUAACUAUUUAAUAGAAGACUGAGAAUUUUAUUUUAUAAUUAUUUCAUAGAUCGAAAGCUAUUGAUGUUGUAAAAGUAUAGAGUUUUAGUUGGUUUUAUGUUACGAGCAAGUUAAUGUUUUAUGUACCAUAUAUUGUGUAAAUAUUUACUAUGUUUUGAAGCACUUUAGCGUUACUUCUAGUAAAUAAUGAAGAUUUGUCAUAUUUAGUGUUCCAACACUAAAUAGGCAUGUUUAUACAAUUGUAUGUUUAUUGAAUUUAAUUAUAGUAAUUACGCUUUAAAUUAUCAUCACAAUUGAAAAGAAAUUCACAAAAAAAUGUCACAUGUUCAAUGAGAUUGAAAGUAGAGACAGUGAUUGGUACUAAAUGUCUAUGUUUAACCAGAGAAUAAAAUACCUGUCUUAUUUUAAAAUUUUAUUGUUAUAUGAAUUAUCAUAAUAUUUACAUUAAUGUUUUCGUGGCCGUAAUUGAUUUGAUUGUCGCGUUGUUAACCACUAACGAUGCACAUGCAAUGCUUUUAAAAAUCUUAGUUAAUAUUUUUGUAUUGGAUCAGGAAUAAAAGAGCAAACAAUUUAUCUGUAUAUUACUAAAUUACUAAUAUGAAUAUCUGCAAUGAGAAGUGCAUUUUAAUAUAUUACAUUAUAAUAAUGUAAUGAUUGUUUGCGGUUAGGUUACUAAUGUCUUAAAAUUCCUGAUCGCACCAGUGACAAAGUAUUUAAUAGUUAUAUUAAUGUAAGCUCACAUUUUUAGGUAAAUUUAGAACAGGUUCCUAUAUUUAACUAAUAUUGGCUAUGUCAGGACUUCAUUAUAAUACCAAACAUUUAAAUGAUGGUUGUAUAAACCCACUUUUUAAGAUGAUGUUUGUAAAUGUAAAAGAAAACAUUUUUUAAGUGAAUUUGAGAUUUUAAUGUUGAAAUUUGAAAUUGGAAUUAAAUGAACUAUAUCUAGGAAAAGAUAAAAAUUAAUGCCAACAUUGACCAAUUACUGAAUAUUAUAAAAUGAAAAUUACAGAUAUAAUGAAGCUUUGACUUGUCGGUAAGUUCAGGCAAUGUCUGAAAUAGGUUCGGUAACUUCACAAUUUUUAUUUAUUUUGGUGUAAGUUAGUCUAGACUAAGAUUGCUUCAUGUUAUGGAGCCUUCAAACUUGAUAUAAAUUACCUUAUGCUAAUGCAGAGCUGUGUAAAUUGCUAAAUUAUUUAUGGUGUAGAUUUAAGUAACAGUAUUUGAUAUGUUAUCACAUUUAAAACGCAAUAGCUCUCCUGAUUGCAAUGUCGUUUGUAGAGUCUUUGACUCUGUAUUACAAAAUAAAAGGAUUCUUU